AUUCAGGUUCGAAAAGCACUACGAAGUCAGGAAGCUUAUGAGAAUUUUUUAAGAUGUAUAGUAGUAUACAAUAAUGAAGUUAUUUCAAGAAGUGAAUUGGUUCAUUUGGUGACACCUUUUCUUGGGAAAUACAAUGAACUGUUUAAAUGGUUCAAAGAUUUUAUUGGUCAUAAAGAGUCAGGAAGUGCCAUAGAUGGUAUCACUAAUAAAACUGUUAGCCAGGAAAGAGAAAGAAUUGGUGGUGAUUUUGCAAUGGAAAUUGAUUAUUCAUCAUGUAAAAAAUAUGGAGCAAGUUACAGAGCUUUGCCCAAAAAUUAUGUUCAGUUGAAAUGCAGUGGUCGAACACCUCUUUGCAAAGAGGUUCUUAAUGAUACUUGGGUAUCAUUUCCUUCUUGGUCUGAAGAUUCCACUUUUGUCAGUUCCCGAAAAACACAAUAUGAAGAAUAUAUUUACAGAUGUGAAGAUGAGAGGUUUGAGUUGGAUAUAGUGUUAGAAAGCAAUCUUUCUACUAUUCGGGUAUUAGAAGCUGUACAAAAAAAAAUGGCAAGAAUGACUGCUGAUGAAAAACUUCAUUUUCGACUAGAUGAUACUUUAGGAGGAACUUCAACAGUAAUUCAUCAACAAGCAAUUAAAAGAAUAUAUGGUGAUAAAGCUGGAGAUAUAAUUGAAGGAUUGAAAAAAAAUCCAUCUAUUGCAGUUCCACUUGUUUUAAGAAGAUUAAAGGCUAAAGAAGAAGAAUGGAGAGAAGCUCAAAGAAGUUUCAAUAAAAUUUGGAGAGAACAAAAUGAAAAAUAUUAUUUAAAAUCAUUGGAUUACCAAGGAAUAAAUUUUAAACAAAAUGAUAUGAAGUUUCUCAGAUCUAAAAGCUUAUUAAAUGAAAUUGAUACAAUAUUUGAGGAGCAACAUGAGCAAGCUGAAGAAUGUUCUGGUGAAAUUCCCUCUGGUCCUCAUAUUACACUACAGUAUAAAGAUAGAACUAUUUUGGAGGAUGCAGCUAAUCUCAUCAUUCAUCAUGUAAAAAGACAAACAGGUAUUCAUAAAGAAGAAAAACAAAAAAUAAAGCAGUUGCUAAGGCAGUUCAUUCCAGAUUUCUUCUGUGUACCUCGAGGUGAAUUAUCUGAUGAUGAAAUUGAAAAAGAAGAAACGGAUGAAAAGUCUUCUGUUCUAUUAUCAGCUUGUAAAAAUGGUGUAGAUUUGACUGGAAAUUGUAAUAUGGAAAAUGCAACAAAAUCUACCAGUGUAGCAAACUCCUUUCAUAAGGAAAUUAUUGAAAAAUCUACAGAUAUGAAGGAAAGAAUUUGUUUAGAAAAAAAAGAACGAAUUACUCAUCACCAGAAUUCCAUUCCUGAUGAUACAUAUGCAUUAUUUUUUAUCAACAAUAAUUGGUAUCUGUACUUCCGUCUCCAUCAUAUUCUUUGUGAACGAUUAACAAAGAUGUAUGAACGAGCAACAGUUUUAGUUGAAGAAGAUCAAAAAGAAAAGAAAGAUAGAAAAGAAUCAGUUGCAGUUACUCUCAGGCUUAAACCAAAAAGUGAGAUUGAUGCUGAAGAAUAUUAUACAGUAUUUUUAGAUAUGGUUAAAAAUCUUUUGGAUGGAAAUAUGGAUAGUAAUCAGUAUGAAGAUACAUUAAGAGAAUUAUUUGGUAUUCAUGCCUAUAUAGCUUUUACUUUAGAUAAAGUUGUCCAGUAUACAGUACGCCAGCUGCAACAUAUUGUCAGUGAUGAAAAUUGCAUUAGAUGCACAGAACUUUAUUUGGAACAACAAAAAUCUGGAACUACAGGAGGACCUUGCAGCACAGCUAUUCAACGUAUAUCUGCUGAAAAUAAUUACCAAAAAAAAGCAGAACAAAUACUGAGUGAAGAAAAUUGUUUUAAAGUUAUUCUGUACAAGACUGAAGGAAAACUCACAAUUGAGUUACUGGACACAGACACAGAUGCAACAGAACAUAACAAUGUUAUUGGAAAAUGGAGAGAAUAUAUUGAAAAUCAUGUCCAUAAUGAAAAUGUUUCAGAAAGGAUUAAAGAUCAUUUAUUAAGAAAACCAGUUUUCUUACCAAGAAACAUCCAGUGUUGGAAAAGGGAAGCAAAGCAUCAUGUGGAAAGAGGAACAAAAGAUGGUCAGCCUGAAGUGAGUACAGACAAUAAAGGAGAAAGUAGAAGUGAAGCUGCAGAGAGGCUUUCUUCAAUGGAAUUAGGCCAAACAAAUGUUCCAUCUGAAACAAAUACAGAUGUCAAACGUUGUAAAUUUAUUGUUAACUCAUGUAAAAUGAUAUUUGUAAUUGAUAGCAACAGUUACCUACUUUACAAGUACUUAUCUAUGAAGAAUGCUCAACAAUUACAUCAGUAUGUGUCACUAAAGUUGAAUGAAAAAUUUCAUAACUGGCACAGGACAUGGCUUGACCAACACGUCACCCCAGACCAACAUAAAACUUGUGAGGACUGGCUCAUGGGUUCCGACAGAAUACACACAAUACGCAUUAAGGAAGACAAUCCAACGAAACCUCCCUAUUCACCUUAUCACCGUUACAAAUUAGAUCAUCAGUCCAAAACUUGAAGAAUCUACCGGAGUUUUUAAACAAGAUGCAUUAAAUGGUGCACAAAUGACCAAAUUCUGUUCGGAAAUCUGCUGUCGUUUAAAAGUGCAAAUGUAGGCUCUGGUGAGAACGAACGUCACGAUGGAGAAUGGAGAAAAGAAUCAUCCAAGAGAUUUUAAUAUACAAAAUAUAUUUGAGGCUAGUCCUCUCUAAACAGUUCCUUUUAUUUUUAUUUUAUUUUUUUUAAUAUAUAAAUAUGCAACAUAUUUAAAUUCAUAAAUAAAACAAAAGGCUUUUAAAGUACAUAAAUGAAAUUGACUAAAAACGUUUUACAUAAAACAGUGUUUUAAUGUGCAUUUUAUGUGAAUAUCAAGACAAACCACAGCAACUGCAAUUGCACAUUGACAGUGGAACUGAUGCAACUGUAAAGGGACCUUGUGAACUUAAUCAUAGCACAAGCUCCUUAUAGAGAAGACUAUGUCCUCCUUUAAAGUAAGGGAUUCCAAAAAUUUUAAUAUUGUAUUUAAUCCUUGCCUAAACUGAGCCAAUAGUUCAUUAGAAUUAACAUUAUGUUUAUCACUUGUACAGAAUACUGGGUAGUAGACUUUUCAAAGUAUUUUACGCAACGUGGUAUUUUUGUAUUUGUAGAUUGUUGACACUAUCAUGACAUCUGAAUGGGAAAAGCAAUUCCUUCAUAUGUUAAUGUAUUUGUGAUCAUCUUGCCAUUGUAUGAAAAGCCAUAACCAGAUAUAAUGUGUGCCGACCUUGGAGGGUUGUGAUGUUACAUCUUUUUUACUGCCCCUUUCAUAUCUUGUAAAUUUAUCAUCAGUCUCAUCAUAACUUUUAUUGCUUGUUGUGUCUGUUUUGCAAUAUUGUUAAAAAGUAAAACUAUAAUACAAUGAA